GUUGAGUGAAGGCGUUGAGCCCUCAAAUAGUCCUCCGCUCUCUAAGAGCGGAAUUACUUCCUCUUCUCCAUCUCGAUAAUGGGUAACUUGCCACUAGACCGAGUCGCUCUCAUUUCUAUUGUUGUGCAGACUCUCCUGUUCGGAGUUCUUACAACCAUGUUCGGGACGAUCGUCCAAUCUUCCUUUGCCAAGAAUGCGUCCAAAAAUAUGAGGGGCUAUGCUAUGGUAUUGCCGACCGUGUCCGUCAUCUGGACCUUCGCCCUUGCUCACUGGAUUCUUGACAUCAUUCGUGUCCAGCUUGCGUUCAUCGGGACCCAGCCAAAUCCCAUUGCAUACUUGUCAGAUUUCUCGACAUCUAUCAACGCUGGCAAGUCCAGUAUCAAUCUGACGGUCACCCUGAUCGCGGACUUGUUCAUGAUAUAUCGCUGUUGGGUCGUCGGAGACAAGUCGUACCGCAUCAUCCUCCUUCCAUCGGUCCUCUGGCUCGCUGGAGGUGUCGCGGGCUGUGUCCUCACGCGCCUGCUUUUCCAACUACACGGCACGGACUAUCUAGUCCUCAUCGGCACCAUUGCACCGUGGAUUACCACAUUUCUCUCCUCGACAUUAGCCACGAACCUGUUUUGCACCAUCUACAUCGCUUAUCGGAUUCUCCGCUCGCAAUUGGCCGUCCGCAAAAUCCAGACUCUGCAAAAUGGAUUACUCGAUGUCGUGAUCAUCUUCCUAGAAUCGGCCACCCUCUAUUCGGCCCUAUUGAUAAUUCUAUUGAUCAGCUUCCAACUGAACUAUAAUGGCCAGUUCAUCUUUGUGGACUCAACAUGUGCCACGAUCGGCAUCACUUUCAGCAUGAUCAUCAUAUCGAAUCACAAUCGUUCACAGUCGCAGUCCAAUGCAAGCAGCUCGAGAUCCACGAGGGACGGAUCGCGAGCAGCAGCACAUGAUACGCCGGCCGUCAACGUGUCGAGAUUGGUAGAGGUGAUCUCACAGAGUGAUUACGAGCUGGAUUCUUUUUCUCCAGUAAAACAUACUAGUGUCGUCUAAUCGACAAGUAGCUAUAUCCAGUCACAGGUGCAAGAUUGCUCCUUUGCAUCAUAAUAUAUCUGUAACAUGCCUCUGAAAGGAUGGGUUUUGAAAUCCCGAUGGGAAACAGAGAGUCCUAAGACUCGUUCGGGUUUUGACAUCCCAUGGUUGAUGGCAUGUGAAGGACUUGCGAGUAUUUUUUAACGGG